AUGAUGGGUUUAUUUGGAAAGGAUAAAAAAGUGGAUACUAAAGAAGCUGUCCGUGAAUUACAACGGAAAAUGCGCACUGAACUGCGGCAGUUAGAUCGUCAGAUCUAUGCUAUUGAACGGGAAGAAAUGAAAGUUAAAAGGCAAAUAAAAGAAUCAGCAAAGAAAGGUGAUCGAGAUGUGUGUGUUGUACUUGCAAAGUCAAUCAUACAAUCAAGAAGAGCUGUGUCGAAAAUUCACGGAACUAAAGCACAGAUUAAUUCAGUUGUCAUGGGUAUGCAGCAGCAGCUUGCUACAGUACGUAUGGCGGGCUCUUUGCAACAGUCUACGGAAGUUAUGAGGAACAUGCAACAUUUAGUAAAGGUGCCGGAAAUAAUGUCGACUAUGCGGGAGCUUUCUAAAGAAAUGAUGAAAAUAGGUAUUAUUGAUGAGAUGAUAGAAGAGACGAUGGAAGCAGUAGAACCAGAAGAGCUGGAAGAAGAAGCUCAGGAAGAAGUGGAUCGAAUACUUUAUGAGAUUACAGCUGGUGAAUUGGGUAAAGCUCCGUCUGCUGUGAGAGACACACUCGCGUUGGAACCACAGGGCAUAUUAGCAGGUACUGAAGGGCAAACUGUCGAUUACGACGAGAUGCGUGCUAGGUUGGAAUCGCUCAAAAACUGA